GGAGGGAGAGCGCGAGCGAGUGUCCCACCGCGCGCGCGCACACACACACACGCUCACCCCGCUCGCUCGCACGCUCGCACUACGGGUUAGAAAGUAGCGGAGGAUCACGACUCGCUCUGCUCUCACUCUCUAGCCCCCGUGGACUGGGGGCAGAGUGGCGGACCAGGGACGGCACGGGAGACAGAUUGUGACCGUGAGAUGGACCGCAUGACGGGGGUUGUACGCGAGUCUGCACGUCAGACCUUGCCGGCGGCCGAAUAAAAGAUCGUCGGAUGACGAGAGAAGCAUCGACACGCCGGUGACUUAAACUGUGAUCGCCUGCUAACGACGCCAGCUCAGUGCGAGCAAGGUUGGGGUGCCUGCGAGUCGACACUGCACAGGAGGAGCCGCGUACCGGACGCGUGGAGGAGCGCAGCCACUCUCCAGAAGCUCACCGGACCGCGGUGGAUUGAUUAGCAUAUCUCUGAAUGCCAUCAUUUUCGGCACGCUUGUACGACACGGCAGAGAGUGGAAACAUGCAAUAGCUACACAACUGGCAAUGGAAGCAAAAUGCUUAACAACUGCGUAUCUACGUGAAUCUACGUAUAUUUAAACUGUGUCUGAAACUGCAGAAAGAGACGAGUUGGAUACACAAGGUGCAGCUGAUGACCGUGCGUGUGCCUCUCAAAGUGAUAACUCUUGCGCUGAACUGGGGGCACGUGACUUUCAACAUUGAAAAGCUGCCAGAAUCGUUUGACGAGGCGCGCCUCUGCCCAGUUCCCACGAGGCCCGAGCUGCAGAAGAGCCCCUUCAAAGAAGCAGAGGCUGGCUUGGUCAACUGUCUUCUGAGGCAAGUGGAAUUAAAAUUGACUGAAAAUGAAACCCCCGGUAAGUGAAGAGGGAAAUAAUAACAACGAUGUCAAUAAAGGAAAGGAACAAAUGAAAGCGCAAUAUGAAAUAGGUUUGCUCGGAACGGAUGGUUUAUGACCUUGUACGCGCCGAGUGAAUCACAGUCCGGUUUCACGACAUGCAGCGAUGUACCCUGACGUGCGUAUGAGGCUCCGUGUAAUGGAUGUUGCUGCUGCUGUAGCUGGGUAGUUCGCUGUGAAACUCAUGGAGAAGGCCCAGGGCCCACCUGAAUGCAGCAAUUCACUGCAUUGACAAGGGACAAAACGAACAACAAACCAAAACCAAACCGGUGAAGCUUCAAAUCAAGAUCGAUUAAAUCAAGCAGAAAGUGCAAGCAAAAAAAGGAACUUAACGAGAGAAAAGUGGAAAAUGACGAUAAUAAAAAUAAUCAUAACGAAACCUAUUUGAAAGAAAAGCACGCGCAUGCCGAGAAAGUAGCAACGCUGCAUAAAAACGGUCUCAACAGUGGCACAGCAGCCGGCCGGGAGCAACCCACGGCCGCUGUCGCCCCCCCGAGCGGGCAAGCGCGGACACCGCGCUGCCCGCCGCCACCGCCGGCUCAGACAUUUUCAAAGCGGGACCCAAAGCGGCAGCGAGUGACAUCGUCGCGCCAGCCGCUCGCAGCGAACGUAGGAGUAGCGGCGGUGGGGCCGGAUCGCCGUGACCAAGCCGGGGGCGAGGAGCAGGUACCGACGGGAGCGCGCGGCCGGGAUGGCGGAAACGCCGAGUCUCGGCGCCGGGGAGCCAGUAGUUGCCAACGCCUCGGGGCUCGCGAAUAUGUGCCGAGUCAGCGCCGGGUCAGCAGCUCGGAAAGCGCCACGUGAGUAGGCGGGCAAGCGGGGCUCCGCCGGGACGCACUCGGGGACGUGCCGUCACGUUCGGCGGCGACGUUGGGGGGCCACGAGCCCUCCGACGCUGCGCGCAGCAAGGAAGCGAUUUCCCGUGCGAGCGUGCGCAGUAAUGUGACCGCAGGAACAAUCAACAGACACGCACACAGAAAACUAAAUGACAUUAAAAAAAGGCUUACUGUUGCGAAAUGAGUAUGGUGCAAUCAGCCAGUGGUAGAAAUUCCACAGUCUGGGCUCAUAAUCCCACAGGGCAACCAGAGUAGAAAAGAAAAUCCACACAAGUCUCAAGAAACGGAGUUCACCUCUGUCGGCAACACUGAAUCAGUAGCAGGAAGUGUGUAUUCCUAUGGCAGGGGCCAAUAGGAAUACAAAGACACACGCACAUAUUAUUUGUGCAGCGCCUCUCCAUUGAAUGCACGUAAAAGCACUUAAAUCUACGACAAACACAAACGUGCUGUUAUUCGCAGGUUAUAGAUCCUGCCAUGGGUGGGAUCUAAAGAAAUGUGUUAAUUUUGCUUUCCAAUUAAGUCCACCGUGAGACUUGUUUAAUCUGUUAUGCUGCCACUGCACCGAAAUGUGCCAACUUAAGACAAAUUCGGGAGGCGCAGUAAUUAAGAACGCCUUGGAAUGCAGUUUUUAUAUUUGUUUUACAAAACGAGAGAUGUGUAAAUUGCUUAGCGGCAGUUUAACAGAUACUUGGCGUCUGUCCUGGCGUCUCAUGCAUGCCGACGGUUAAUACGGUCACAGCGAGAGGGUGGAGUGUGGUGAGCUUGCGGCAGAGGAGGCUAGCGACAACGAGAAAUUGCAGAUAGGAGAAUAGAUAUAGGUGGAAAGAUAGCGACACAGGGAGAUGGACGAGUGCGUCCAAUAGUCGGCGAUCGCCGCAGGCGAAGGAGGGAACCCGGCAAGGCACGAGUGGGUAGGAGGGAACGCGGAGUUAUUCGUUUCGCAGCCAGACAACAACGCUUCACGCGCGUUACGUCGGUGAAAAUGCAGAGGUGCGAGGCCGCCCGGCGCGACUUCGAGUGACAGACCAAAUGGAAACGCUGCGGCCCGCACCGGCAAGCGGCAUGAAGCUCAGCGAAACCCCGUCGGUGGCGAACUGCACCGAGAACGCGAAUCCGACGUGCCGCCCAGAUGACCCCGGCCAGGCGACGGCCGACUCGGACCACCCGCCGGACGCCUCGUGCAAAAAGGUGCCGACUGACGGGAGCUUCAAGCUCGAGGACUGGCUGUCAGAGGCGGGCCUGUCCGCCGCCAGCCACAAGAACAACAACAACGUGGAGAUCCUGUCCACCGCCAUGCACGUGCUGCAGAGGGCCGACGUGAUGCUGCAAGGCCUCGCUCAGGCCGACGGGCGGGCGGGCGAUGCGGAGCAGCGGCCCGCCGGUGGCGGGCGGCCCGACGGGGCGCACGAGCGGCCCCCGAGCGAGCCGCCGUGGGCCCCGUACAGGCGCGACGCGGACGGGCUGCCGUCGGCGCGCUCGCCCCGCGCGCCGCCGUGCAACCCCCUCGCCGUGCGGCUGUCGAGGCUCGGCGGGUACGACGGGAACGCCCAGCCGUGGAGGGGCGGCGUCGGGCAGCUGCCCCGGCCUCCGGCGGUGGCGGCGGAGUCCGAAAAGCGGCGCUCUGCGGAUGGCGCGCCGACGCGGUGGGGCGCUCAGGCAGAACGCCCGGACUGUGGGCCACCGGCGGCCGUGGCGUGCGGCCGGCCCGCGAGGCCGGCUCUUCUCAAGCUCGACGGGAGGGAGGACGUGGAAAAGCGACGGCGCCGGAGGCAGCUCAAGGCCUUCCAGGUGCGCUUCAAAGACCUCUGCGAUGACGCCGACGAGGGCGGCGGCGGCGGCGGAUCGGCGGCCGCCAAGGACGGGGACGGCGGAGGCCGCGCGGUGCAGGCCGACGCCAGGCCCGAGAUGGACGCCGAACCAAGGAGAACGCUCGUCAGCAAAGUGCCCACGUCACGCCGCUUCUUCCGGCCACUCCACUCGCGCUUGGGAGAGAGGACGCUGCACAGCUCGGCGACGCAGACGGCGGCGGCGGUGGUGGCGACGGCGCCACCCGGGGACGGUGCGGGGAGCGCACAACAUGUGGCGGCACCAAACGCGUGCUGCCCGGGGAGCGCCCGUGGUGCUCGGUGCGGCCAGUGGCUUGACGACGGUCCGCAACCGGCACCAGCGGACGCGGAGUAUCAGCCUUCGUCAUCGAGCGCUAACGGGGAGUCACGUGCGGUGGCGAACGUGCUCAACGUCGCUGGAGCUGCGCACGUAAAAAAUCACCAGCCGGUAGAGACAGCGUGCGGUGCGCGGUGGCUGCCGGCCACCACUUCUGCGAUGGAACCAACUCAAAAGUUUAGCGGCGAUGCACAAAUGAACGGUGAUUGGCGAACGUCGCCCAUCGCGAGGACAACAUCUCCUUGCCGCGAUGGCUGCGUAAAGCCGAAGGACCGUUUGAACUCUUCGCAGACGAAUGCGAGCAGCUCUCCAAGCACGGGCAUCGGGGCGUCGGACACCAGAGCAAGCGACGUGACCGGCGUGCAACCUCAGGGGGGCGAGCGCGGAGGCCAAGAAACCUCAGCCGCGGCGGUCUCUCCACCAGCGUGCUCCGAUGCUGAGGUCGGGAGAACAGACGAGGCCGUGGGACAGGGUGCUGGCUCUUCCUGCGCACGAGAGGAACCGGAGCCCCGUCGCGACACGCUCAACGGUGCGUCUCCGAAUGGAUCCGCGGCCGAGGAGAGGGAGCGCGCGGCGCGGCCGGGCGAGAGCCAGGCCUCGGCCGACAGGGAGGGACGAGGCGGCGCGAGUGACGCCGAGGCGCCGCCGAGAAACGACGCGCGGCGGGGAGAGGAAGCGAGCGGCGACGCCGGCGCCAAGGGAGACGCGGGCGGCCCGGAGAACGAGCGGAAGGACGAGUCGAGGACGGCGCCGGUGGCCGGCGAAGGGACGAGCGGGGGCGUUGGUGGCGGGAGUGGCAGUGGGGGCGGCAGUGGUGGCGGCGGAGAGUCGCAGGCCUCGCAGAACGAGGUGAACGCGCUGCGGGAGCGCCUGGCCGCCAUGGAGGAGGUGCUGCGUGCGAGCCAGGACACCAUCAAGCUGCUGCUCGAGGUCAUACGGCAGCUGGAGCGGGCAGACGCCACGCGAAGGGGAGUGGCGUACCGGACCGGGCAGGACACUAACAACUGCGCCACAUGUCGCCGCAGCGCCUGCAUCAUAUACAGCGGUGACAUUGAGUGGAUGAAAAUCAUCAGGCGCAACGAUGACUACGACUGCCGCCCACCAACGGGGCCAAGUGCGACUGACUCACGAGACUGAGGAGGAGACUGAAGGAAGACGCAGACCGAGAUCAUUUAGUAACAGUAUUAGAGACUGCCGUACGCCGAGGAAGACCAAAACUGGCAAAUGGAGUUCCCCGAUUGGGCGCCCUGAUAAUAUUUGAGGGAGGAUUGCGCACCCAUCACACGAACAUCUCGCGGCGUCCACCGGUCCACUCAGUUCAUCGUAACGGCGUGCCUCCUAGGGGGAGGGAGCCUCUACCGCAGUAGGCGUGAAAGCUUUCCUGCUUAUCGGCGACACGCGUGCGUGCGAGUAGACCCUCGCACGCACGCCUGCAUGAGUCGACCCUCGCGCAAGCGUACGGGAUCGUCUACACGGGCCGGCACUCCUGGGACUCCCGUUCGCUCCGUGCGGCUCACCUCGCUGACUUACCAUGUGGUGUCUCGAGGUGUACGAUCUGAAAAGUGCAAACAUGGCUUCUCGUGGGCCAAGAAUGUUCCUCUCAUUGAAGCGGGCGCCUCUCCUACGCUCUCUUUCCUCUGGAACAUGAAUUUUAAUUCCCAUUGAAGGUAAAGAGUGAGUGGUCUCCCUGUGCCAGCGAAUGCGAGGCAUUGCUCAUUGUCUAUGGUGACCCUGAGCCAGUGAUGGAAUCGUACGCAUUCCCAUGGAAGGGCUCAGUCUAGCCUUCAUAUCGCCACGAUGGCCUCCCAACAUUAGUUGGAUCUCAUUUUACCCAUCAAACAGCAAUAACAAUCGGACUUAUACAUCUCCAUUCGCAUUGUGACCCAAGUUCAAUGAUCCAGUAAAUGAGCUGUUAAGGCAUAAAAUAUAUUGCAUGCCAUUUGUUGUCAUAUGUUAAACAAAAUUUGAGAUGUGAAUCCAUUCCCGUGGAUGUUGAAGUGCCAUACCCUUGUUCGCCAGGAGGAGGCGACACAGUAAACUAUGGCCUCCAUCUGUUCCAUCUGUGUGGGAGGGAAGCGUUGCCACUUCACACGCGCGGGCCUCCUCCGGGCGCCCCGGUUCUAUCCCACUCAUUAAUUGGCCGAUAACACCUUAAUAUACAGAGGACCGUAGAGCUUGGGGGGAAUUUGGCACCGACUCAUUCUGUGUUUCCCCCUCGCCACUCUGCCUCCUGGAGAGUGAGUGAGCAGCGUGCAGUGACUGCGCAUAACGAGCUGAAACUAUAGGUCCAGCGCUAAAAGUGCAGCAUCACCCAGCCGAAGACGUGAAAUGUUUAUUUUAUGAAUUAAAAUAAUAAAUCUUGGACCUUUACAUGUAUGUUCUUCUUUCAAAAGUGUCAUAUCAGAAAACUUUGGUUUCAUAAGGGCCAACUGUAAAACAAGCUAAUGUACAGCAUGAAUAUAUAUUUGUUCCUUCCACUAGGCAGGUGAGAAAGAAAGUCUUAAUCUUUUAACGAAUUGUCCAAUUAAUUUUAUUUCCCCUGUCCUGCAUGUCUUAUACAGAGUACUAAAGAGCUGUUAGGCCAAAGAUGAAGUACUAUUGCUGAUAUGAAGUGUUAUAUCACAAAGAGGCAAGUUGUAGGAGAGCGAACCUCAUUAAAAAUGAAGUUGCUAAA